CUUCAACAUCAGAACGUGAUAUCUUAUUAAUGGAUGAUAACAGUUUAGUACAAGUAAAAAAAAUAAGAUUACUUCUUGAUGUGAUAACUCAAACAACUAUUGCAAUUGUGGAUUGGUUACAAGAACAACCUAUACCAAGAGUCCCACGAUAUGACACUGAGGAAAAUAAUGCAUUAAGAAAAAUAUUGUUAAAAAGAUUAUAUGGAGAAAAAGACAAGACUUGUUUUGACUUAUUACGAUUCACAAAACACAGUUUCACUAUGUUUUGUGAAUUGUUGCGUGAAAAGGGUUUACAAGAUAAUAGCAAUGUGACGGUUGAAGAAUCUGUAGCCAUGUUUUUACUUGUACUAGGACAUAGAGUAAAACUUCGGGUACUUGGAGGUAUCUAUAUUCGUUCAUUAGAGACAAUUAGUAGGCGCUUUCAUGAAGUACUACGCUUGGUUCUCAGUUUAAGUAAGGAUUUUAUAAGAUUACCUAAUCAAGUUGAGAAUGUUGAUGAGAAUGAUCAUAAAUGGAGAUGGUUCAAGGAUUGCCUUGGAGCUUUGGAUGGAACACAUGUUGAGAUGACUAUUCCACUUAAGGAUCAAGGUAGAUAUCGAAAUAGGAAACAACAGAUAACAACUAAUGUUUUGGGAGUAUGUGAUAGAAAGAGUUUGAAAUUUCUUUAUGUUCUUCCUGGAUGGGAAGGUUCAUCAUCAGAUUCAAAAGUUUUACGAAGUGCAUUAGUGAGAGAAAGGGAUCCAUUUCUUGUGCCGACUGGAAAUUAUUAUCUAGUUGAUGCUGGAUAUGCAAAUACUCCCGGAUUUUUAGCUCAUUAUCGUUCUACUCGUUAUCACCUAAAUGAAUGGUCAAGUCAUGGUAAUCGUCCUUCUAACUAUAAGGAAUUAUUUAACCUAUGA